UAGGACGUAAGAAGAGAACGAGACAGAGUGCGCGUGUGCGGGUUCGCGUGAUGUGCAGUCUCCGCCAGUCGUGUCAACAUUGCGGAGCUUUCCGGAGGUAUGAAACUUCACCAAAUAUCGACACAGCAAUGCACACUCCGGGAGAUCGUGUAGACUGAAGCGAACACCUAUCUAAUUCGAUGACUCUUGUCUUCUUAUCGGCGCUCAAAAAGAAGAGCCACUGUGAACACGAGGGACAACGGCGCCACCUGCAGACGUGGAGGAGACUCUGGGGAACAGCAGCUCUCACCUACUGACUAGCUGACUAGCUUGCAGUUCAAGACUUCAAAAGAAAAAACAUGAUGAUCCUCCCUCUCAUCAGUGUAUGUGUGCUGCCGCGUGUGCCCCUGCUGCCGUGUCUGAUGUAGAGAUGCACCGGACCCUGAUUUUUAGGAUCCUGCUGGAUACUGCUUAAGAUCCGGAACCAGAUACCGGAUCCUACGAAAGGGUCGAAACACAUAGCCUGCUCGCACACGUGGACCCUUUUUAUUACGUUGGCUCAAACUAUUUUUUCACUCAUUGGCUUACUGCCACACUGCCUGCACUGGCCGCUUCCAAAGUUCUUUCACUCCAUGCAGCAAUUGGGGUUGUGAAAGACUGACUGACAAACCUAGGCUAGAGAUGCACCGGAUCCUGAUUUUUAGGUAACUGCCGGAUACCGGAUCCACUGCUUAAGAUCCUGCCGGAUCCGGAUCCUGUGAAAAACCCUAUUAUCCUGCCGGAUCCGGAACCGGAUCUUGGAUCCUGUCCCAUCUCUAGUCUGAUGUGAUGCCGUGGCCCUGACAUGACAUGACAUGGUCCCCGCUGAGUGGAACUCCAGCAGCUCGCCCCUGGUGACCUCCCCCUUGGAGCCCCUGUGCCCCCCCAACUGCAGCCUGGUGGCGCUGGCGCCCUUGCCAUCCCCAUCGCCCUCUUCGCUCUCCUCGCCGCCUCCCCUGUUGCUGCCGCCGCCAGCGUCCCUCCUCUCCGGCGUGCCCGCGGGCAAAGCCGUGGCCCUGGGGCUGGUGCUGCUGGUCUUCACCGUCUGCGGCGUGGGCGGCAACGUGCUGGUCAUCCUGUCGGUGGCGCUUCACCGGCACCUGCGCUCGGCCACGCACCUGUUCGUGGUCAACCUGGCCGUGGCAGACCUGCUGCUGAGCGCGGCCGUGCUGCCCUUCUCGCUGGCCGCCGAGCUGCUGGGGCGCUGGGUGUUCGGCCGGCUGCUCUGCAGCGUCUGGACGGCGGUGGACGUGCUGUGCUGCACCGCCUCCAUCCUCAGCCUGUGCGCCAUCUCGGUGGACCGCUACCUGGCCGUCAGCCGGCCCCUGCGCUACCCGGCGCUGGUGACGCUGCGCCGGGGCGGCCUGGCGCUCGUGCUGCUGUGGACCCUGGCGGCGUCCAUCUCCGUGGGUCCCUUGCUGGGCUGGAGGGAGCCCAUGCCCGAUGACGAAGGGGUGUGCCGGGUCAACGAGGACCCCAGCUACGCCCUCUUCUCCGCCCUGGGCUCGUUCUAUGUGCCCCUGGCCGUCAUACUGGUCAUGUACUGCCGGGUGUACGUGGUGGCGAGGAGACACACGCGGGCGCAUAGUGGCAGUAGCAGCCAAGGCCAAGGGCGGUCUUCGGUGUCAACGGAGCAGGUGACACUAAGGAUCCACACAGGGAGCAGCGUCCAUCCAGGAGCCACCUCCGUCUCCUCCUCCUCCUCCCAGCAGCAGCAGCAGCAGCAGAAUGGAGCUGGUGGUGGAAGUGACGCUGGAGCUGGAGCUGGAGCUGGAGGUGGAGCUGGAGCUGGAGGGGGAAAGCAGAGAUCUUCAGCCCAGGAUGAGUGCAGCGUUCCUGGGAAGAGGUGCCGCAGCAGCGUCAUCAGCAUCAGCAGCAGUGGCAGAGGAGGAGGAGGCAGGCCUAGGGGCAGGUGUGGUGGUGGCUGUGGCCUGCUGCGGCUGCUCAGGGUCUCCAGGGAACAGAAAGCAGCCAAGACGCUGGGGGUGGUGGUGGGCUGCUUCGUACUCUGCUGGCUGCCUUUCUUCCUGGUGCUGCCCAUCGGCGCCAUGUUUCCCGCCUACCACCCGUCCGAGACGGUCUUCAAGGUGACCUUCUGGCUGGGCUACUUCAACAGCUGUCUAAACCCCAUCAUCUACCCCUGCUUCAGCCAGGAGUUCAAGAGGGCCUUCCUGAGCGUGCUACGAAGCCCCUGCUUUUAUCGCAACACCCAGCAGACCCAGGGCUCCCAGAGUGCUGCCCUACGCCUCUCCUACCGACGCCGCUGCCUCACACAACCUCCGCCACAUCCUCCCCCGCCAACCCCACCCCCUGUGGGGGACAACAGGGUGCAGUUCCAUGCCAACGGAGCUGGUACUAACGGCAAGCUGUAUGCUUGUAUUGUUGGAGAAUCGGCGCUGUGCACUUGUUGCGAGGGAGGCUGCUGUGAGGACCGUCUUCUGAAGGGUGCAUGUCUCGGGGUUGUUGGAGGUCAUCUUGGUGAUGUAGUUCCCUCUGACUCAAAAAAUGACGCUACUACCCCUCCUCCUCUUGGUCUGCUCUCGGCUGAGACAACGCACAAAGCUGUCCGGCUCACGUUGAAUGGCAGCCAGGGCACGGCAGUGUGACCGACAGCAGGGACACACUGGCUGUGAAAUAACUGACUGGCUGGCUGGCUGGCUGUCUGACUGACUGACCUACAGCAGCGCUUUCUGGAUUCAAAUGAAUGCUAUUUUUGGACGUCAAUAUACCGUACUUCACCCAGCAGGUGAGGGAGUUGGUCUUUGCAUGAUUAGAGGGGUUGCAGAAUCAGAUCCCAAUCCCGAUGUAAUGGAUUCCAACUAGCAAAGUUUGGCGAUAGAGAGUUCGCAGACCUCCCUCCCUCCCGAGGUCUCAUGUCUGCACAGGUGGUAGCGCUGAGCUAUCAGCCUUGAGAGUUCCCAUACCCAAAUGACCACAACAAGCCCUCCACGUUGAUAUGCUCAGUCCUUUGCACUCUGCGUGACAGAGCACUGCCCAGACAGUAAUUGCUGUGGAAAUCAAGUGAUUUAUUCACUUAGGCCGAAAUCUUUACUGUGUCGCCGCUGGGUUGCAUGAAUCUACGCGCACCCAAGUAGUGGUCAGUGGUGACAGAUUCGGACAAUGGCUAAGGUCAUCAGGAAAACGCUUGCGGGCAGACACUUAAUUUGGCCUGGGGGUGGCGUAUCCCUUUAAGCUCAGUGGUAGCCUAUCGUAUCUGUGCCUCCCAUGCCAUAACGGAACAUUGACUACAAGUCCUUAAAGGGGCAUUCCACCGGUGGAGAUAUGAAUAUGUAUUGAAAGUGGGUCAUAUAUGUAGUAGAAUAGUACCACAAAUUUCUAAUUUGGUGCCAUCUUGGCCGAGAAAAAGGCAGAAAAUGACUUUUAAGUGCUUGUGGAUUUGUGACAACAAUCCCCAUAAUGCAUUGCAAUGCUCAAGUUCCACUGGCCAUACCCAGGCAGCUCUGCCAGUGGCCCCAUACGACUUUGUUGCUGUCGACCAACAUUGACGAAGCACGUGAGCGAGAACUUGUCACGAUGUGGGUGUUAUUAAAUACAGCGCAUUUAAAGUCGGCCACAAAUAUGAACGAGACGAUGAGCUCGCACCAGUUUGCUCUACUAACACACCACGUGUGAGUAGUGGGGGGACAGGCAGUGAGGAGGAGCUGGAGUGGGGACCUGCGCAAACUUGUGUAGGGAUGUAAGACAAGACUCAUAUACACACGUGAGUGAGUUGUUGACCAACCAGUUCAUGGGCGCGUGACCUCGGAGGCAGUCUGCAGGCGAGCGUUGAAGGGGAUAAGCAACUGCAGGGGUUGCAAGAUCUGACUGCAGUCGCAUUCAUCCCGCGAUAGUUUGACACCAUGAGUGCGUUUUAAUAUGCGACCUUGCCUCCUCCACUUGCCUCCUCCACUUGCUUCUCGUCAUGAUGACAUCACUGACAACAGCAUUAUAUUUCAAUA